CAGGAGCAGCAGCAGCCGACGGGGAGACACGGGAGCUGUCGUGUUGUUUAUUUCACACUAUAUAAACUUUUCUCCACCAUGUCGGGAUUUGACAGUAACCCCUUCGUGGACCCAGUGGACGUGAAUCCCUUCCAGGAUGACUCAAUCACACAAGCCACCAGCGGAGCCACUGACAGCGUCGGAGAGUUCAACCCAUUCUCUGCCACUGACUUGGGAAGCCACUCUGGCACGACCAUCCCCAUCUCUGCUGCCUCCACUCAACCCGCCAUCCUCCCGACCUCUGUGGAGCAGACCCCACAAGCAAAUGCAGCUGCUGGCCAGGCUAAACUGAUCAAACAGCAGGAGGAGCUGGAGAAGAAAGCAGCCGAGCUGGAGCGGAAGGAGCAGGAGCUACAGAACAGGACCGGAGGCACAGCGGUCAACACCGGUGCUAAAGAGAACAACUGGCCACCUCUUCCUAAGUUCUCCCCCGUGAAGCCCUGCUUCUAUCAGGACUUUGAGGAGGAAAUCCCGGAGGAGUAUCGCAGGAUCUGCAAGAGAAUGUACUACCUCUGGAUGUUCCACAGUGCCACUCUCUUCCUCAACGUGCUGGCCUGCCUGGCUUACUUCACUGCAGACGCAGCAAAUGGUGUUGACUUCGGUCUGUCCAUCCUCUGGUUCAUCCUCUUCACCCCUGUGGCCUUCAUCUGCUGGUACAGGCCUGUCUACAAGGCAUUCAGGUCCGACAGCUCCUUCAGCUUCUUCUUCUUCUUUUUUGUCUUCUUUUUCCAAGUGGCAGUGUACAUCAUCCAGACUGUAGGGAUCCCAAAGUGGGGGAACAGCGGAUGGAUCUCAUCCAUCAGCAUGAUCCGGUCAAACUUGGCUGUGGCUGUGGUCAUGAUGGUGGUGGCUGGUUUUUUCACUGUGAACGCCAUCCUGGCUGUCAUCCUCCUGAAAAUGGUCCACUCUAAGUACAGAAGGACAGGUGCCAGCUUCACCAAGGCCCAGCAGGAGUUCUCCAGCGGAGUCCUGACCAACCGAACCGUGCAGUCAGCUGCAGCCAGCGCCGCCACCUCCGUUGCCCAGGGAGCCUUUGGCAGGAGCUAGAGAAAUUAGGCUGUUUCCCAACUCCUUCGUGCCUCAGGCUAGUCUCUUCUCUGACCAACCUGGCCAUGUCCCAACAUACUUCAAUGGGUUUAGGGGAUAUGGGUUUGAUAUUUAAUGAAAAAGGGCAAAAAAACAAGUAAGUUAUGAUGAGGGGAAUUCUUCUCGCUACAAGAUCAGCCCAGUGAAGUGUCCCUGUUCUCCACUUAUAAAACAGAAAACAAGCUAGAGGUCUUAUUCAAGCAUGUAAUGACUUGCACAUGCCUUGGUUGUUAUUGAACUCUUCACGACCCUCAUCAGCAAAUUCAUGCUUUCAAAAGUUAUUCUGGGAAUUGUAGGGAAUCCCAAACUGAAGUUGAAUACAACAAGGCAAAGAAGGAGGCAGAGUGGGUACGACACAAAAUAACUGGCAACACCUCAUCACAGUAUGACUAACUGGAACAUAUAUUUAACAUAGUCGACUAAAAAUGUAAACGUGAGAUUAUCUGCAGUGAGCCACAGAACAGGGCUGGGGUACAGUGAUAGAGUACAUUUAUUUAAAUCCCGUCACUGUUAAAUACGCUGGCGGAAAGUAUUAGGAUUCUUCCAUCUCACAGUUCAUGUAAGAAUAAUAUACUGGGGCCUGAAAAAUAAACACUGCAAAGCGUUGGGAUUAUAGAAGGAGCAUACUUGACAUGAAGAUGUUUUACCAUCAUUGAAUGAUGGGUCCACAUAAUGUAUGUAUACAUACUUUUGUCAUUACAGCAGCAUGAAGAGUGUUCAAGGGUAACCAAGCCAUGCUGUCGUAUGAACAGUUUUAAUGUAUACAGUACACUUCAUACUACUGCUCCCCUGUAAUGAGAUGCAUAAUGUUAAAUACUUCACUACUGAUGAACACAGUUGCUUUCAAUUUUGCUCACUAAGCUGUAUGUUUUAACGUGUAUAAUAAUAGUGCAUAGGACAAACUGAUGAUUUAUGAAGGUGAUGGGAUGAAGGUUUAAUCUUUCUGUUGUUUUAAUCAGUUUACUGAUUUAGAUGAAGUGAGACAAAGAGCUCUUGUUAGGGUGAAUGAAGAAGCAGUUUAACUAAAAUGGCACAUUUUAAUUGAGUUGUUAAAACCAUUACGUUUUCUGUCAUAGUAUGGCACCUUGCUGGGAUUAAACUGAAAGACAGGGUGCAGGUUAUUUAUGUAAAGUUACUGACAUAGUAUAGAGAGAGACUUAUCUACUUAGAGGAGUGUAUUAAAGGGAAGCUUUGGUAUAUUUCAACCUGGACCCUAUUUCCCCAUGUUUGUGUGUCUAAAGCUUUACUCGCAAGGGACUAGUGUUACCUGGGGACCUUAUGUGAUUCAGAAAUUACCCCUCAUGACUGUGUUUCUUGUAGCACAUUCGCACAGGAUAAGCAAAGUCUGUAUUUUACUCAGAUUAACUGACAUUAUCCCCCCGGAUAUGAUGCACACAGUCGUUUGUAACUCUGUUCUACGUAACACAGAAACAUUACACAGCACCACCAGCAGUGAUGUCAUGUUAACAUCCAUUUUUUAAUGUGGGUUAAACAAACAGAAUCAAUUCUGCCACACUUUGUCACAUUUUAUCCAUCUCAUCAUCAUUUGAGAUUUCGACCCUCUCUGACAUGACGUUCAUUUAUAAUCAGCAUCGCAGCCUCCGUAAAGAGGCAGGAAAGAAGCCAUGGAGAGAACAAAAGAACUUGAAUACAACCCCAAAUCACCAAGAUAUCAAUUUGCACGGGAAUAAGAUCACAGACAACCUCGGCAAUUAUUGCAAAUAACCAGAGAUCCCCAGGUAACACUUGUCCUGUGCGAACAGGGCUUCAGGGACUAAUGGAGAAAACAGUUUUUGAAUUGAGAGGGCUGCAGUCAGCAGCACUGAAACAGGCUGCGGUGUAACCACUCAGGGCAAGAGCACAUGGUUCAUUUACAUCCACUGAAAGUUCUUGUUUUUGCCACUGAGAAGCUCGGGUUGUUUCAAGUAACUGACAACAUUGUGAAAAGGACCCGACAGACAUUUAUCUUUACUUUUGCUUGGUCCGGGCUGUUUGUUACUGUCUCCCUGCAACAACUCCACUUGCGAGACGUCAGAAGAGAGAUUUCUCCUUGAGUGAGACUUGGUUAGACACAAUAACAAACAGAUCGGAUCAAAAGGUAUAGAAAACGUUUUAUUUUCUUCGUCUGACACUAAACAGUAAUAACAAUCUGAGCAUGUCAGUGGCAAAACCAAGCACUUUUAGUGGUUCAACAUAAGCCAUUUUUACACAAAAAUCCCGCAAUUGGGCUGCAACAAAGACCCUUCAUUACGCCGGCUACCCUUUUGUAUACAGGGCCAAACAACAAAACAACACCACCACCAUCAUCAUCAUGAUUUCAGACAGCAUGCCAGCCUUCCAGAAGCAAAAAAGGUGUCACAGGCAUGACAAGUAAUGAACCAGGAUGGCCUCUAGUGUGACAAAUAACAUACAUGUUGACAGAGCUUUCUUAACAAUAGCAAUAGCAUCCCAUGUCCCUGUUAAAUAGAGUUUGAUCUCAUCCUCUGUUUAGAAGGUAAGGAGCUUCCUCAAUGAACUAUCUCCCCAGUGUGUGAAUAUUUUUGGUCGCUGUUUUUCUUCCUUGAGUUAGCUGCUAACAGCUACUAGCUCUUUUUUAAAUCUCCUGGCGAUGAGUCACGCACAUAACGUCAUCAAAACCGUCCCGUCCUGCCUGCUGACCCUUUUACACUGAUGUAAAUUCAGUGCUGUUACCAACUCCACUGCCAGCUUAUUGGCGAGACAACUCUGUCCCCCCAUUCUGCUUUUGUACCUUUUUUUUUUUUUAAAGAAUGUGAAUAACAGCACAACACUCCCGCCUUUAACAGUGUAAAAGGGGCUAUUGAGGGUGCGCCAUCGCUUUGAAGGGUUACAUUGCAGCAUGUUUGCAGCUGUAGACUGCAGCACUCUUGCUCAAUACUAAACCAGUUUAGGUAUUGUUGUUCCCAUUAGUCACUUCGACACAAAAACAUGGGAGAAUAGGGUCCAGGUUGAAAAACACUGAAGUUUCCCUUUAAUGAGCACAAAGAACACAAUAGUUAUCUGUCGAUUAUCCAUUCUUUUGACUUUAUAUGAAUUGUACUGCAGAUAAAAGUCACGUGUUACUGAAUAGUCGCAGAUUGUUUGUAUUUUCUAGCUGCUUUCUACCUACUUGUUUUUAGGUAUUUUCACAUUUGUACUUGUGAAUAUUUACGCUGUCCUGUUACGACCUUUUUGUUACUGAAACACUAAAUAAUUUUGUCUAGGUGUAACCUCAGUGCCUUUCAGCUAAAGUUAUGCACCAAUGUUUGUGUAGGGAUUUAAGCACAAGGCUGUUGGUUGUUAGUGGUUUGUCUGAUUUUGUUUUUCUAAACAGAAAUUUAUUUUAUGGUGAAGUUUCCCUUUCAACAAUCAUCCUGUGUAUUAAGGUGUGUUGUACAUAUCGGUGCCUUAUUUAAAACCUAUUUACUGGAGGGGUAUUUGCUGGAAAUUGGUUCUCAGUCUUAACACUGAAUAAAAAAUAAGUCAUUUUUUCCUCUUGAAAAACUG